CUGCCGCCCCUCCUGCCGCCGCUGCCGCCCCUCCUGCCGCCGCUGCCGCCCCUCCUGCCGCCCCUCCCGCCGCCGCCGCCGCCGCUGCCGCCGCCCCUGCCGCCGCCGCCGCCCCUCCUGCCGCCCCUGCCGCUGCCGCCCCUCCUGCCGCCCCUGCCGCCGCCGCCCCUCCUGCCGCCCCUGCCGCCGCCGCCCCUCCUGCCGCCCCUGCCGCCGCCGCCCCUCCUGCCGCCCCUGCCGCCGCCGCCCCUCCUGCCGCCCCUGCCGCCGCCGCCCCUCCUGCCGCCCCUGCCGCCGCCGCCCCUCCUGCCACUGCCCCUCCUGCCGCCGCCGCCCCUCCUGCCACUGCCCCUCCUGCCGCCGCCGCCCCUCCUGCCCCUCCUGCCGCCGCCGCCGCCCCUGCCCCUCCUGCCGCCGCCGCCCCUGCCCCUCCUGCCGCCGCCGCCGCCCCUCCUGCCGCCGCCGCCGCCCCUCCUGCCGCCGCCGCCGCCCCUCCUGCCGCCGCCCCCGCCGCCCCUCCUGCCGCCCCCGCCGCCGCCCCUCCUGCCGCCCCCGCCGCCGCCCCUCCUGCCGCCCCCGCCGCCGCCCCUCCUGCCGCCCCCGCCGCCGCCCCUCCUGCCGCCCCCGCCGCCGCCCCUCCUGCCGCCCCCGCCGCCGCCCCUCCUGCCGCCCCCCCGCCGCCCCUCCUGCCGCCCCCCCCGCCGCCCCUCCUGCCGCCCCCCCCCGCCGCCCCUCCUGCCGCCGCCCCCGCCGCCCCUCCUGCCGCCGCCCCCGCCGCCCCUCCUGCCGCCGCCCCUCCUGCCGCCGCCCCUCCUGCCGCCGCCCCCGCCGCCCCUCCUGCCGCCGCCCCCGCCGCCCCUCCUGCCGCCGCCCCCGCCGCCCCUCCUGCCGCCGCCCCCGCCGCCCCUCCUGCCGCCGCCCCCGCCGCCCCUCCUGCCGCCGCCCCCGCCGCCCCUCCUGCCGCCGCCCCCGCCGCCCCUCCUGCCGCCGCCCCCGCCGCCCCUCCUGCCGCCGCCCCCGCCGCCCCUCCUGCCGCCGCCCCCGCCGCCCCUCCUGCCGCCGCCCCCGCCGCCCCUCCCGCCGCCGCCCCUCCUGCCGCCGCCCCUCCCGCCGCCGCCCCUCCUGCCGCCGCCCCUCCCGCCGCCGCCCCUCCCGCCGCCCCUCCCGCCGCCGCCCCUCCCGCCGCCCCUCCCGCCGCCGCCCCUCCCGCCGCCGCCCCUCCCGCCGCCGCCCCUCCCGCCGCCGCCCCUCCCGCCGCCGCCCCUCCCGCCGCCGCCCCUCCCGCCGCCGCCCCUCACGCCGCCGCCCCUCCCGCCGCCGCCCCUUCUGCCGCCGCCCCUUCUGCUGCUCAUUCCGCCACCACUGCCACACCUCCUGCCGCCCCACCACCACCCCACCUCUCAUUCGCUGGGUGAUUGGCAAUAG